AUGGACAGAUACUUUAAUAGCGGAGCGGAGGAUUCCAGCCAGUCAUUCCGGUCACUCGCUCUGUACGGUAUCGGCGGAGUUGGCAAGAGUUCUGUUGCUCUGCGGUACGCUGAGACUAGAAUUCACCGCAAGGAGCUGGACGCAAUGUUGUGGGUAGCUGCUGAGAAGGAAGUCACCCUUCGGCAAAGCUUCACUGACUUUGCCAUGCGAUUGAAACUACCGGGCGCUCAGCCCAAAGAUCAUGACCAGAACAGAACUCUUGUCUUGGACUGGCUCCAGAAUACGGAGUGCCGAUGGCUGCUGAUAUUUGACAAUGUCGAAUCUGCGGAGCUCCUGAUGACGUACUGGCCAACCAGCGAUCGAGGAGACGUGGUACUCACAACUCGCAAUCGUGCCUUUGGGCUCUCUCCAGCAGAUAGAGGACUUGAAAUCACAGAAUGGGAUACUGAAACAGGCUCUCAAUUCUUGACUUACUUGCUCUCAGCCGACAUCAGCAACCAGCUGACUGAAGAGGAGGCGAAUAGUGCACAUGAGUUGUCACUUAAACUUAGCGGGCAUGCUCUUGCAUUAUCUUUGAUGGCUGGCCUGAUUCAUCGCCGUUCUUGGUCCAUUGAGGAGUUUGUUGAAAUGUACAAGAGGCACCCACAGAAGGUCCAUGGCAUUUUUGAAAACAGUUCGAUCAAUGCUCUCUGGGAGAUGUCAUUCCGGUCGCUGAACAAAAGAUCCAGCACCCUUCUAGGUGUACUAGCUUUUCUUUCCCCCGACAACAUCCCUCAGGCGCUCUUUGAACCCAAGGAUCCUGAUGUUCUUUCAGGUUCUCUUGAGUUCUGUAAAGAUCCGUUUGAUUUUUCAGACGAGAUGGAGACUUUGAUGACCCUUGCUCUGGUCAAGCGCAACAAGGAGCAACGAGCAUUCUCAGUCCACAGGCUUGUUCAAACAUCGUUUAAGUAUUUUCUGAGUUUUGAAGACCGCCAGAAGAGUUUUAACAAUGCGGCCCUGUUGGUCUCUGCUGCUUUUCCACGGAAGGAUUCCGAGUUUGCUCAAAUGUAUCAUGCGUGGAAGCAAUGCUCCCUCUACCUUCCUCAUGUACUCAGCUUGAGAGAUGGUUUCCGCGAAGAGAAGUAUCUUAUCGAAACCAAUGGUUAUAAUGACCUUCUUGAUCUUUUGGAGGUCAAUGCCAUGGCCAUCCCAACAAUUCCGCCCCAGCCAAAGAGCAUCCAAGCCGACAUUGAGGGUGAUUUGGCAUCUCACAGGGGUCAGGCACUGGCACGGGUGGGCAGGGCUGAGGAAGGGGUUAAAGAACUGAAGCUUUCAUACGAGAUCUUUGCUAGUUCUCAGCCACGCAACCUUCGAGAAGAGGCGUGGUGUGCAGAGAGUCUUGCCGAUGGCAUCGCCUCAAUGAACAAUUAUCCUGAGGCGGUGAUUUUUCAAGAGAAAGCACGGGAACACUGGCUUGAGUGGGCCAAAGAUAACAGUGCAGAUACGACAGAAUGGCCUGCGAUCUUGAAAUGGGGAAUGGGGAACAACCUGAUAUGGGCGGGAGAAAAUCAGCGUUCAAGGGAUAUUCUGACUCAAGGCCUUGAACAACUAGAGGGAGCAAAGCCGUACAAUUGGGCAAUGGUCGCCUACACCAACUAUGCCCUGGGGACUGUGAAUCGCGCUGAUGGCGAUUUCGAGUCAGCGGAGAGACACUUUACAGAUGCCUACAAUAAGUGGAUCUCAGGGGAUAAUCUACUCUCCGAUCCUUUUUGUGGAGCAUGUGUGUACCGCAUGGGGUGUGCAGCUCUUGAUCAAGGCAAGGUAGAGACUGCUAUGUAA